AUGCCUCACAAGUACAUUAAUUAUGUACAACUAUUAUCUGAACAUGCAGAUAAGUGGCAAAAAUAUUGCAUAUGUACCUCUUGCAAAGAGAAGCUAGGUUAUAAUACAGCUUUAUUAAACAAGAUUCCUAAUAAGAGUGAGAGAAUUAGUGCGCAUUUAAAGAAAUGUUCAAAUUUUAAAAUUAUGCAUCCUGAAAAAUACAAUGAAUUUUUUGGAUCAGAUGAAACCAUUAAUUUAAAUAGCAGAGAUCUUGAACAAAAAGUAUAUAACAAAGCUGAAAUAAUGAUUGAGAAAGUUUUUAAUAUGGGAGCUAAUCUGAUUUCUAUUGUGUCUGAUAGUGCACCAAGUUAUGCAGCUGCUAGACGUUGGCUUCAAGUUAAACAUGUACAAAUUACUUUUUUGCCAUGUUAUGCUCACCAAAUGAAUCUUUUUGUGGGAGAAAUUUUUAAAGAAUCAGUUGAGUUUAAGGCAACUUCCACAGAUGCAAUAAAAGUUGCACUAUAUUUUAAAUCAUCACUUAAUAAAUAUUUUAUUGGAAAAUUACGUUCAAUACAAAAAGACACAUAUGGUAAAUACAUUCAAAUUGCUAUUGGUAAUGAUACCCAUUGGAACAGUCAUUAUGAAUGUUUUUGUACGUUGAUUAAAUCAAAAAGUAGCAUUAAGGGUGAAUGUUCAAUGUAUGAACCCCACACAGGAUCAUCAUCAUAUCGUAGACCUGAUGAACCAUUAUAUCUUCCUGCUAAUAUAUCUUCAAUUUUACUAGAUGAAGACUGGUGGCUUUUACUUUCAAAACUAGUAUUGGUACUUAAACCAUAUUGUAUAAUAUUAGACAUUUUGCAGAGAGAUAAAGCAAGGCUGCAUGAAGUUUUGGGUGGUUUUGGAUAUUUUUUCAAAAAAGCUAUCAAUAUGAGCAAAUUACAUGCUUCAAUUAAAUAUCAAUGUAAAGUUAAUGAAGUGGAAGCUAUUCGUAAACAAAAAUCAACAGAAAACAUUGCUGGUCCAAUAGAUUUAGAAAUAAGUGAAGAAAGUUCCACAGAUAUCCAAGAAUUAAAUAAUAACAGUGAAGACAAUUUAGAAGAGGAAGAAGAAACAAAUGAUGUAUCUGAUUGGAAUAGAUUAGUUAGUGAAUGGGAAAAUUUGUUACUUCGAGAAGAGGUGGAUGAUUUACUUUCCACAGAUAGUGAUGAUGAUGAAUUUGAAAUAAAUGAGUUAUUAUUGAAUCAAACUCAUCCUGCAUUAGACAAUGUAGCAAAAUGGCAAAUAACUGAUAUUUUUGUUGAAAAUUUAGAAAUACCAUUUUUUAUUGAAGAUUAA